GUCUUCUUCUCGUUCUCUUCCUUGAUUCUGGGGAUAGUUGCGAAACAUCAAUGGUGACCCUCGUCAAUGACAACAGUGCUGGGGGGAGCCAUGCAAAUUUUGGCGAGCAUGUGAUCGCUGAAUUUACUUCUCGCGAGCAACAUCUUCGCUCUCUAAAACUGCUCGACGCUCCAGUCUCGGAGAUUUCGUCUACAUUAAGCGAUUAUAUAUCCGUGCUCUAUCGGAACCUGAGUAUUGCCCUGGGUCGUGGACAAACGUUAACCAGCACACGCCUUAGCAAAGGCUUAGAAAGUGUCUUUUCAAGCGCUGCACCAAACGUGAUAAAAGGUCCCCCGAUAAGCUGGACGGAGCUUGUCCUGUCCGUUGGGCCGUCCUUCCAAGGCAUGGAACACUUAAGGAUAGGGGAAUCCGAAAUCCACCUGCUUAAAGACGAUUUCGACCUCAUCUGCUCUGGCCGAGCUUGGCGAUUUCUUUCUCCUUGGCCAGGUGCCGAUGAUUGCCAGACAGAACUCCAAGCCAUUGACACAUCUCUGGAGGAGUUAUUCUCCUUGAAGCAAUCCUUAAGUACAGUUAUGGAAAACAUCUCAUCGGUUGAAUAUCAGUUAGUCAACUGGAGGAAUGAAGUCACCCAGCUUUAUGAAGACCAACGCCUUUCGACGAUCCCCAGAACUGCGGAGCUAUAUCGUGGAUGCACUCGGCAGCGCCUUAAUCAGAAUGAUGUUCUUGAAGCCGCAACCUCGGGAGGAGAUGCAAAUCUUAGCCAUUUGUGCCAAACUUCGGCGAUGACAGAAUCAUCAGCUACGCCUUUGCCCGUGGAAAGCACGGAAGAGCAAUCUAAUAGGGAUUUAUCAAUUUCAGCGUUGACUCAAAGUUCCAGUCCGUCCAGAAGCUCUGAGCCGGCAAGGGACGCUAUAACCGGAAGCGAAGUCGAAUUACGUGGCUCGAAUUUUAUUCGAACUCUAAGCACCCUCCUGGAUGACUCAGACAAUGCCCAAAUAAUAUGGUGGUCAAGCGACGGAUGUUCCUUCUCCAUCGCCGAGAAGAGUAAAUUUCCACCGGAGCUGCUUAUCCGUCUAGAGGUCGCCACCUACGAGGCUUUGAUCCGGCGGCUGUACUACUAUGGAUUUCACAAGUGUGAUGGUGCCUUCUAUCAUGAGCUUUUCAUCCGAGGUCAGUCCAAGUCUUUACAUAAGAUUCGGCCGAAACAUCGCAGUGCUUCGGAUCUCCGUUCUAGUUCCCAACGCCGACCUCGGGUGAAGGUAAUUCGAAGAAAGCGGAAUAUCGGGUCCACACUAGAGUGA